CCACGGACCGCCACAGAGAGCGGAGUGAAAGGUGUCCGAAUGAAAGUCUACUUCUGAACAUCAGGAUUUCACCUUUAACUUUUUUUUUAACGACAUCGACAUUUAAGAGGAGGCAAUUCCCACCAUAGUCCCUGCUUUGGUGAUUUGCUGCAUGACCCUGGAAGCUUCGCCCUGAGAGUGAGAUGGAAAACAGCUCUCAUACACUGCCACUCUCGUGCCCCUCUCCCGCCACUAUCAGAGGGCCUCUGCCGUUGUCCUCCUCACCCCAGCAUACCUCCUCAAAUGGUCGCAUUUCACUGCCACUUUCGCCUAUCUCUUUCCCGCCAUCCCCAGCCUCAUUUUCCCCAGCAACAGCAGAGUCUGUUCACUCCUGCUCCCCUCUUUCACACUUUACAGUGUCUCAUUGCCUCGAAGGACAAAGCCUAGCUGACCAAGAUGACCUCACCUGUCUCAACUGGCUUCAUCAAAGAGGGGAUCUGCUGCCACUGCAGCCCCUCACCAAAAUGACACCGCUGCCUCAGCAGGAGCCCUCCGUGGCUUCCCAGCUUCUUCCCGCUGCUUCGUCCAAGCCGCCGUACUCUUUUAGCAGUCUGAUUUUCAUGGCAAUAGAAGAUUCGCCACAAAAGAGGCUUCCAGUGAAGGACAUCUACGAAUGGAUUGUGAACAAUUUCCCCUACUACAGGACGGCAACGGGUGGCUGGAGGAACUCUGUCAGACACAAUCUGUCUCUGAGCAAGAGCUUCAGACGCAUUCAGAGGGACAAGAGCCAGUCAGUGGGGAAGGGAUCACUGUGGUGUGUGUGUCCAGAGUACCGGCCAGCGCUCCUAGAAGUGCUCAGGAAGACCCACAGUUAUCACAGCAAUAACAGCAACCUGUUACACAAGCCUGCACUGUUGGAGGGAGAAAGCUACAAGAUGCCUGCUGCGUGUGAUUCGAUGGAAAUAUCAGGUCAGGACCUACAUACUGGACCCGAUCCUCUUUCUCACUCCCUCCUCCUGUCUACCGCCGAUAGUCCGAUUUUAGCCGAAAACCCGCUGUGCCUUCUGACCCCGGAUCACGAGGAGCUCGUCACCAUGGAGUCUGUGGAAUACCAGCAGGAGGAGGUGUGCGAAGACAUGGAGAAGGACCCCCUGUCUGACAGCGGCUACAUCGAGCUGCACUAUUACGAGUCUCAGCAGUACCAGUACCUUGUGCUGCCGGACGACACAGAGCUCGACCUGGAGACUGUGGAGAUCCUGCAGCUUGAUGCCGAGGCCCAGGAGGCCGCCGGGUCACUGCUGGACCUCGCAGGCGGUGGAUAUUAGUUCAGAUCCUCAAAGAAACCGUCCUGGGAUGACAACACUGCCCUAUAGCCUGUUUACUGCCCUGUAGUGAUAUUACAGUAUAGAUCGAAUUAACUGAUGGAGUAUCGUUCCACAUAAUUUCAGGCUUCCAGUACACAAGCUGAAUAUAUCACCAUAGCAUCCCAUCCAGCCUGAACAAAGCCUUCAGGGUGUAGAACUGAGACAAAAGUAUUAAAAAUGAAGUGAUUCCACAGUGAUUUUUUAACAUGUUAACAUCGUUCUCAGGGGUGGAAGGAGUGCUUCGAGCUCAAUACAGAGUGCUGCUUCUCGACUGAGAGGUUUCCCAAGUUCAGGUGUGACUAACACGCUGUUGAAAUCUUCACGUUUAAUGUACAGCGAACAGCACAUUGACUCACUUCCACAUCGUUACCAGUAAAAUAUGAGUAUGUGUUACCCUCUUUCAGUUGUUCUAAGCAGUGACCAUAUUUUCUUUCUAAGAAAGUUUCUGUAGGACAUUCAAAGUAAACUGUAGUUGACAGUCUUUGUUGUUUUCAGCAACACUGUUGCUUUGAUAGUUGAAGACAAUAGAUAAAAAAUAAUUUAUAAUGUAGCUGUGAUUUUAGAUUGUACUUAAGAAGUACAGGGAAGCACUUCUAUUCAAUUCAAUUCAAUUCAAUUUAAUUCAAUUUUAUUUAUAUAU